AGGAAAUGCAGCCGCCAAGCCGAGCUGGAAAUCAUUAAAAGUCUUGCCUGCCUGCCAGCGUGCAAAGACGGGAGAGAGAGAAGCUGGUACUGUCUGCAGCCCUUCACCAGGCGUACUCUCAACAAGGGCUUGUGUGUGCCCUGUGCCAGAUCCCUUGGAUAUCUAGAGAUUUACUCCGUUUUCCAUCAGUGAGACACUAGCAGAUUGUGUAGCAGACAGAAACACAAACAGAGGUGCUGUGUGUUACCUGCUCUCUCUAACAGCUCAACACCCACUCUGGAGAACACCUGGAUGCCUACUUGUCCCAGAUGCAUGAUAAAGAGGAGGGCAGCUCGUCUAGCUGAAUUGCGACUUGCUUUUUCCAGUGGCUUUGGAUAGCCAGCAGAGUAAAGUGCAAUUAAAACCAAUUUACAACUUACUGCAUUUCUAUAUAAUAAAAAAAUGUCCAAUCCCCCUGACCAGGCGCAUAAUACAGAGACGGAGAGCAAUACCUACUGAUGUAAGUGAUGCGUCUGAGCAUGUUUUAGUUGCGGUUCUGCAAACAUGGGAAUUUAACGGAACUGGAACUCUAAUGAAGAUGGUAAAGUCACAGAGCGAGUGAAGAGGACGCUUGUUCUGUCUAAACUAUUACAUUAUUGCCCAAAAGAAGAACAAGGGACUGAAAUGCAUCAUUACUUCCCACCCAGACAGCAAGGGGGUCACUGUACGGCAUAUUGACCUCACUCAUCUGAGGGGACCCCAGUUCUGCAUUGUAUGACUCAAGGAGAUGCCAUGAAACAUCAAAUGAAGAAAUACGACUCGUCAUAUGAGGCCAGAUUGUUAGAGAUUUCCUAAGUGAGCAGGAUCAUCCUCUCUAUUGUCCCUUCAUGACACACGUGGCUAUCCACACCUGAGCUGGACAUAUGGAUUCCGUAUGGAAAUCUACGUCUUGGCUACGGGAUGAGCUGGACUCUCCUUCCCAGAAUGUAAGAAUCUUGGACUGUAGAAGUCGGGAACUUUAUGACUCUUCUCAUGUGGAAAAAGCUCUUCAUGUUGCCCUUCCUGGUUUAAUGCUGAGACGGCUUCGUAAGGGCAAUCUCUCUGCUCACUCUUUGCUCCCUGGUUCCCCUCAAUCCAUAAGGGGGGUGGUCCUUCUAUAUGAUGAGUCCACGGCGAGCCUUCCAGGACGAUUGGGAAGCGAAGGAGAUGAACUGGAAUCUGUUCUCAUGACCCUCUUGCAUAAACUUAGGAAGGAAGGAUGUCAUGCAUAUUACCUGCAGGGGGGCUUCAGUAAAUUUCAGGGUGAAUUUCCACAUCAUUGUGAAACCAAUCUGGACUCCAGCAGCUGUGCCAGUAGUUCACCUUUGCCCCCAACACCCGUGUUAGGUCUGGGGGGCUUGUGCAUUACUUCUGACUGUUCAGAUGUGGAGUCAGACCUUGAUAGGGAGCCUCUGAGCGGAAUGGAUUCGGAAGGCAUGAGCCCCCGUAACCAGACGCCAUCAUUCCCUGUGCAGAUCCUUCCUCACUUAUACCUGGGCAGUGCAAGGGAUUCUGGUAAUAUGGACACGCUAGCUAAGCUGGGCAUCCGCUACAUCCUCAAUGUCACUCCAAACUUACCAAAUAUCUUUGAGAAGGAUGGGGAGUUCCACUACAAGCAGAUUCCUAUAUCUGACCAUUGGAGCCAGAACCUGUCACAGUUUUUUCCCGAGGCAAUUGAAUUUAUUGAUGAAGCAGCUUCCCGUAACUGUGGGGUACUUGUGCACUGUCUAGCUGGCAUCAGCCGAUCCGUCACCGUCACUGUCGCCUAUCUCAUGCAGAAGCUCAACCUCUCUCUGAAUGACGCUUAUGACUUUGUGAAGAGGAAGAAGACCAAUAUCUCACCCAACUUUAAUUUUAUGGGUCAGCUGCUGGACUUUGAGAAAAGCCUGGGUCUCAGUAGCCCAGAUGACAAUCGGCCCCCUGGCCAGCAUGCUUUCUUCACCAGCCCUUCCAACGAAGAUGUUUUUGAGCUAGACUCUUUAGAUUCAACGUAAGGAAUUAGGGCCGCUGUCUGAUUCUCUCUAAGAAUAUUUUAGCUGUUUUCUUCUAUUUGUACCUUGGGUAUAAGCAGCUCAAAUAAUAAGGAGCACUUUACAGAUUAUGUCUAACACUACCGUUGUGAGAGCUCCUGGGGGCCAAAACAGACCCUCUGAAACCACAGCUAUAAGAGGAUGAAUUGCUUGCUUGACUGUCAGCUCUGAAUGAGCACAGGACACAAACUACUGUUUGAUGCGUUACAGUGUUAGAAGGAGAAGCCAUGAGCAGUUGAUAGGGGCAGUACCAACGGCCAGUACCUAUUUAUGUAACCACAAGAGAGGAUUUUAAUCUAUUGUUUGGGGAUGAAUCACAUUGUUUCCUAUACAACCAAAUCAUUCAGACCAUAAGGUGACCUUAUAGCCCAGUGCUGGACCAGCAACAGCUGAUGUGGACCAUACUGAGGAUGUCUUCUUGCUGUCCACAGUCCUUUCCAGCAGCAAAUGAUUCAACAUCAUUCUGUGAUCUGAUUCUUUUUUGUUUUUAUUAUUGUUUCUUAAAGCUGAACAUUAGUACAAAGACUAAUCAGUUGCUGUUAAUGAAGUAAACACAAACUGGCAUUAGGACUAUUACCGUAUAAUUCAAAUGUAUCCCCUUGUCUUUUUAAAUGGAUGCCGACUAGGAUUGACUCCUUUCUUUUACUUUAGAUAAAUGAGGAACUGAGGAAUGGGAGAAAGGGUAACAGGAGAAACGGACAUCCAACCUGGUCUGAUGUAGAGAUCUAAGGAGCAGUCUCAGUGUGCAGAGCAUACAAAGCCAUGUAUUUGUCUAUUACUAUGUACAGUAUUUCUAUUGUAAGAUUUUACUAGUCUCAGCUUUAUAAUCUGUGUGUCUCUCUCCGCUCUCUGGCCUUUGCCAUGGCUCAGAAAGUAUUUUUUAUGAUGUCACUGUACUCAGGCCAGGGUGAUAAUAAGCUAAACAAUACAGAACUCAGGAUUUUAUGGGCAUUUUAAGAUCUCCUCUAAUAAGUAGAGAUAGAUCCUGCAGACAAAUGUGCAGUUCCUGAGCUUUUUCCACUCAUGUACAUUAUCUGGUAUUACAAAGUUGUGUAACCCUGCAGUGCAGGAUGAUAAUUGCUUACAGCCAGUAUUAAAUGGAUGCCAGUAAGGUCCAAAAGUGUUUUAAUAAAGUAACCAGUCCCUUUAAAAGCAAUAGAAAUAUGGGCUGUCACUUUAAAAGUAAUAUAUCAAUGGCUCAGUAGCCCAGAAGCCACUGGUCUGAUGGUCUAACGUAUCUAAUAUUAGACCAAUGACAUUAUUGUUCCUUCUACUGGGACUGUAUUGUGAUGUCACUUAUACUGAUCAAGAGGAAGUCAAAAUGAAACCUAGAGGAGAGAAAUUGGCCAGUACUCAGUUCUCUGAGGUGCCUUAACGGCUUCAUAAAAUAAGGUUUAGUUACAAACCUUUAGUUAUAGACACUAGUAUUGUCACAUCAGUUCCACCAUAAUGGUUUGGAACCCAUAGCACUUAUCGUUAGUGAGGGCCAGGUGUGCUGGUUUUUGACCGACUUUUCUAUGAGUUAUGUUGAGAGCAGUAUAUCCGUAGCUCUGAAAACAUAAUGUAUGAUUAUACAUUAGGGUGCAGGCAGUAUCAUUCCUAGAAGGUGUUUGAUAAAAAAAAUAUGUGGAUAAACAUGGGAAAUUUGGUUUGCUUGUUUCUGCUGAUGUAAACAGAGAGCACAUUACACAAACAUGAUGCUGUUUCGCACACAGUAGGGGUCUGUAAUCCCAGAACCAGGAAGCGAGAGCGAUCAUAACCUCCCCCCCCCCCUUCUCUGUUAAUGUCAUUCACAACACUCUCAAUGAACUCUUUAUUACAAACAGAAGUCAUUUUUUAAAUUAUGGAUGAACCAAAGAGAAAAAGAUUAUAUGUCAGAUUCAUUUUUUAUAGAAAAAGAAAUCUAUUCACACACAUUUAGGUUCAACUUUAUUUGAAGACGGUUUUAACUGGUAAUGUAAUUGUGUGCUCUCUAUUUUUUUCGCUGCUUAUGGUGAAACGUGAUUCUAUUCUUGAUUGUUCCAAUAUUACAAAUAAAUAACGGCUGUGGAUGGCUGAAUGUGUCAUUUACCAAAGUGUGGCCUGAACAACUGGACGAAUGAGGCUUAGAACUUUUCCCGCAUGGCACUUUUUACGAUAGGUCUGAAAAGUUGUUAAAGGGACACUGAACCCAAUUUUUUUCUUUCGUGAUUCCGUUAGAGCUUAAAAUUGUAAGCAACUUUCUAAUUUACUCCUAUUAUCAAAUUUUCUUCAUUCUCUUGGUAUCUUGAUUUGAAAUGCAAGAAUCUAAGUUUAGAUGCCGGCCCAUAUUUGGUGAACAACCUGGGUUGUUCUUGCUGAUUGGUGGAUAAAUUCAGCCACCAAUUAAAAAAGUGCUAUCCAGAGUCCUGAACCAAAAAAAAACAACUUAGAUGCCUUCUUUUUCAAAUAAAGAUAGCAAGAGAACAAAGAAAAAUUGAUAAUAGGAGUAAAUUAGAAAGUUGCUUAAAAUUGUAUGCUCUAUCUGAAUUACGAAAGAAAACAUUUGGGUUCAGUGUCCCUUUAAGGAUGAAUUGGGAUUUCUACACUUUUUAUUUUUAUAUGUUUUUUUGAAAGAUAAUACAGCACAUUUGCGUGCAAGUUGAGAAGAUCUUGUUUAGCGCUGCAGUUUUUACAGCACCACCUGUUUUUUUUAUGUCAGUUUUACGUGUGUAUCCUGAAAAAUAAGCAAGUGACUAAUUUGCAUUCUCCACCUGUUAAAGUAAUUUAUAUUGAGAAAAGAUUAAGCAAAAUAAACAUUAUGCAAAUUCAGGGCUUUUUUUUUUUUUUUUUAAAUGAAUGUCCUGAAUAUAACGUCUUUGUUGUACAAUUUUUAAAUAAAAUGCAUCUUUUUAACACCA